AUGAAUGGAUCGUACAUCAUGUUGGAGCCGACUGAUGAUGAGUUGUUGACCCUGGUGGGUAUGCACACUCAUCACAUGCGAGAUGUACCUUACGAUGAUGUUGUCACAUCAAGCCUGCAAGCACAUCGUAUCAAGAUUGAUGUUGGCAAGUUGGAGCAGGUCAAGAAGCAGAUCGAGUCGUGCUUCGAAAUGAUUGGUCCAAAUGUAGAACCGGUUGGCAUGUAUGGUAAGGUUGUCUCAGCUCAUCUGAGGGACAUAUCGUUGUUCUCACUUGGUACAUCCACCUGGACAACAAUCAAAGAUGCCUUCAACAGUGACUUUGAUGAAGUGUAUACAUCAUAUGUAUAUGCUCGUGACAAUAUAUAUGUGUUUGGUGGCGCAAAGGGCACACAGACAAAGUACUCGCGAUAUUCAUUGGAGGAAAAGAGAUGUUAUGAAGGCGAGAUUGUUGGCAUUGUUGGAGGCAGCUUCAUCUCGACAUGUUAUGAUGGAGAUAAAAACAUCUAUCUUGUCGGUGGCGAGCUUAAUGACACUAUAUUGAGCCGAGUUGGCUGUUUCAACAUUGAAACUCAACAGUUCAGUAAGGUUGGAGACCUUAAGGAAGGUCUGGCCUGGCCCACCAUCAACAUCAAAGACAACAUCAUCUAUAUAUUUGGUGGAAAAAAGGUCGACAAAGUCAAUCGAGACAUCAUCUCGUUCAAUGUCCACACAAAGGUCAAUGCUAAAGUAGAGACCUAUGUCAUCUCGGAUGAUUUAUACUCUGCUUGCUUUGAUAACAUUGGCAACUUAUAUGUUAUGUCGUUGAAAGUAUUCAAAAGGUACUCACUGGCAGCCAAAGACUCAGAGUCCAAAUUGAAGUGUCACGAUAUUGUCAACUUCAUUCAGAUGAGAUAUGUUACAUCAUUUGGCAUAAUAUCGCUUGGUGGCACAGGCAACAACUACUUCUACUCAUUGAAGGAUGACAAAUGGUCACUGCUCAAAGACAAUGACCCUGUGAUUGGUAGAUCAUCACAUGGUUCAUGCAUUAUUUCCAACUAA